AAUAUUACAACCGGAAGUUAUCCUGCUUUCAUUUUCUUAAAACUUGACGAGUCACCGGCGCGGAGUGAAGUCUCUCAUUUUCAACAUGCCUGUCAGUGAUCCUAACAAAAUUUCUAAAGUUGUUGUCCAUCCUUUAGUUCUCCUCAGUGUUGUUGAUCAUUUCAACCGCAUGGGAAAGGUUGGGAACGCAAAGAGAGUGGUCGGUGUAUUAUUAGGAGCAAAUCGACAAGGAGUUCUUGACGUUUCAAAUAGCUUUGCAGUUCCCUUUGAUGAAGAUGACAAAGAUAAGACCGUUUGGUUUUUGGAUCAUGAUUACCUGGAAAAUAUGUAUGGCAUGUUCAAAAAAGUAAAUGCUCGAGAGAGAAUCGUAGGAUGGUAUCACACAGGACCAAAGCUUCACCAAAAUGAUGUUGCUGUCAAUGAACUUUUGAGACGAUACUGUCCUAAUUCAGUAUUGGUGGUCAUUGAUGCCAAACCAAAAGACCUAGGUCUACCCACUGAGGCCUACGUAGCAGUGGAGGAAGUCCAUGAUGAUGGGACCCCCACCACUAAAACAUUUGACCAUGUCCCCAGUGAGAUUGGUGCUGAAGAGGCAGAGGAAGUAGGAGUGGAGCAUCUGUUAAGAGACAUCAAAGAUACAACAGUUGGAUCUCUUUCACAAAGAGUUACAAACCAGCUGAUGGGUUUGAAAGGACUCCACGCUCAUGUCAACGACAUCAACGGCUACCUUCAGAAAGUGUCGUCUAAGCAACUCCCCGUCAACCACCAGAUUAUCUACCAGCUACAAGACGUGUUCAACCUUCUUCCUGAUGUUAAUCUACAAGACUUUGUCAAAUCAGUGUAUGUCAAAACAAAUGAUCAAAUGUUAGUGGUGUACCUGGCCUCUCUGAUUCGCUCCAUUAUUGCUCUACAUAAUCUCAUCAGUAACAAGAUUCAAAACAGAGAUGCAGAGAAAAAUGAAGGAAAAGACUUAAUCAAAGAAAAGAAAAAAGAAGUCAAAGAAUCAGAAAAGAAAGAUGGAGAAAAGGAAUCGGACAAAAAAGAGACUGCAAAAGCUACCAAGAAGUAGUCAAAAUGGAGGGAGACGAGUCUCGAUGUUUAUUCAAUUUUUUGUGGUAGACACGACUGUUUCCAGUUGACAGUUGUGUGAUUUUUGAAAGAUCAGGGCAAGAAGUGAUGAAGAUUUUGACUCUUUUUGAAUACCUUCCAACACUUCGUGAACUUGGCCAUAUUAUAAAAAAUAAUAAAAUUACAUUGCACCCAAUCUUCAAGUUAUGGAUCCAAAAUACUUUGAUGGAUGAUACCAAUACAACAUAACAAUGAGUAUCUGCAGAUUCAUGUAGAAGUCUGUACAUGUAAUAAAAUGACUGGUCUAUACAU